AUGGCCACCGCCGAGAAGACCAAAGAGCAGUCCAAAAAGCUCCCCGUGCAGGAAGACCUUUCCGAUGGCGAAGACUACGACAGUGCCGACGACUAUACCGAUGAAGAGUACGAAGAGGAGAUCCCUCAGACCAAAAAGAACAAGCAGGUGCAGCGCCGGAAGCCCCUGCAACAACAAGACGACGACGAGUACACAGACGAAGACGAAUACUCGGAUGAAUAUGACGAUGAAUACUCAGACGAUGAUGAUGCCGCCAUGCAACCCUACUCCAACAACGACUCGAAUUUCAAACCCAACGGCGGCAUGGACGUCCUCCACAAGGAGGAGAAGUCGAUGCUGGACGAGGAGGGCAUGAAGCUGCGACUGGAAUUGAACUUGGAAAUCGAGGUUGAACUCAAGGCACGUAUUCACGGUGACCUCACCCUGGCUCUCAUGUAA